ACAUAGGAUACACAUUUCGGUUGACACCGUAUCCGGUUGUUCCAUGUCGUUGUUAUUGUUUAAACCGGUGUUUUAAGAAUCCGAGAAACUCCACCAAAAACAAAACGAUGAGGUUAAACAUUGACGGGUUAUUGGUUUACUUUCCAUUUGAUUACAUCUACCCUGAACAGUACCUUUAUAUGACCGAGUUGAAGAAAAGCCUUGAUGCUAAGGGCCAUUGUGCAUUGGAAAUGCCAUCAGGAACCGGCAAAACUGUAUCACUGCUCAGUCUCAUUACAGCUUAUAUGAGGAGCCACCCUUUAGAUGUCACAAAAUUAAUAUAUUGCUCCAGAACAGUUCCAGAACUGGAGAAGGUGGUGGAAGAAUUAAAAGUUGUAAUGAAAUAUUAUGAAAAAGAGACGAAUGAGAAACCAAAUAUCCUUGGCCUCGCUCUGUCUUCCAGGAAGAACAUGUGUAUCAAUCAGGAGGUUCUCUCACAUCGAACUGGCAAAGUAAUUGAUAGUAAGUGUCUGGCAUUAACAGCAUCCUAUGUCCGUAAGCAACACAAAUACAAUGAGAAGAUCCCAGUCUGUGAGUUUUAUGAAGAAUUUGAUGCUCGUGGCAGAACAACACCUAUGGAACCAGGUGUAUAUAACUUGGAUGAUUUGAAAGAUUAUGGCCGAAAGAAAAAAUGCUGUCCCUAUUUCUUUACAAGAUAUAUGAUCCAGCAAGCCAACAUCAUCAUCUACAGUUAUUAUUAUCUUCUCGAUCCAAAAAUCGCAGCAGUUGUCUCCAAUGAAUUAAACAAGAGCUCUGUGGUUGUCUUUGAUGAGGCUCACAACAUUGAUAAUGUCUGUAUAGAGUCUAUGAGUGUGACAAUCAACCGACAAAUUCUGGACAGAUGUUGCAAUAGUAUUGAGAAGUUAAAGAAACACGUAGAAAAAAUCCGAGAGACAGACGAAAACAAACUAAAAGAAGAAUAUCACAAACUGGUGGAGGGUUUGAAGGAUGCAAGAAUUGCCAAAGAGACUGACGUGAUCUUAUCCAAUCCAGUGGUUCCUACCGAAAUUCUUCAAGAAGCUGUGCCUGGAAACAUCCGGAAUGCAGAACAUUUCCUGGCCUUUAUGAAGCGUUUUGUGGAAUUCUUGAAAACCAGACUUCGUAUCCAGCACGUCGUUUCCGAGAGUCCACCUUCUUUCCUCAAAGAUUGUUCUCAGAAAGUUUGUAUUGAAAGGAAACCCCUCAGAUUCUGCAGUGAACGUCUUCAGUCUUUGAUGAGAACUCUGGAACUGACCGACAUUGAUGACUUCUCCAGUCUGAGUCUCAUAUCAAACUUUGCCACUCUGGUCAGUACUUAUGCUAAAGGUUUCAUAAUAAUCAUUGAACCAUUUGAUGACAGGACCUCCACAUACACAAACCCGGUGAUGCACUUCAAUUGUAUGGAUGCCUCUAUCGCUAUUAAACCAGUCUUUGACAGAUUCCAGACAGUUGUUAUCACAUCAGGGACGUUAUCCCCUCUUGAGAUGUACCCCAGAAUCUUGGACUUCCAUCCGGUUAUAAUGGCAACAUUCUCUAUGACGUUAGCAAGGCCCUGUAUUCUUCCAAUUGUGGUGAGCAAAGGAAACGACCAAGUAGCCAUGAGUUCCAAGUUUGAAACAAGAGAAGACAUUGCUGUCAUACGGAAUUACGGGAACCUUUUGGUGGAUCUCUGCCGGAUUGUCCCUGACGGAAUUGUGGGCUUUUUUACAAGCUAUUCUUACAUGGAAACGAUUGUUGCUUCUUGGUACGAAACGGGAAUUAUUGACAGUUUACAAAAGAACAAACUUUUAUUCAUUGAAACUCAGGAUGCAGCCGAGACCAGCCUGGCUUUGUUUAAUUACCAGAAGGCCUGUGAAAAUGGACGGGGAGCUGUCUUACUUUCUGUAGCCAGAGGCAAAGUUUCAGAGGGAAUUGAUUUUGAGCACCAUUUCGGGAGAGCUGUGAUUAUGUUUGGUGUUCCUUAUGUCUACACUCAGAGCAGAAUCUUAAAGGCGCGGCUGGAAUAUCUUCGAGAUAACUACCAGAUUCGAGAGAAUGACUUCUUAACCUUUGAUGCCAUGAGACAUGCAGCUCAGUGUGUCGGCAGAGUUCUUCGGGGUAAAACAGAUUAUGGAAUCAUGGUUUUUGGAGAUAAACGUUAUUCUCGAGCAGACAAGAAAAGUAAGCUUCCUCUGUGGAUCCAAGAACAUUUGAAGGACAGUUUCUGUAACCUCUCCACCGAUGAAGCUGUCCAAGUAUCGAAGUGGUUCCUUAGACAAAUGGCUCAACCUUUCAGUAAGGAAGAUCAGCUUGGUUUGUCUUUGCUAACGCUGGAACAGCUGGAAGCAGAAGAGAUGCAGUCAAAACUGGAACAGUGUACUCAAUACGUGUAAAAGAGGUGCCUGAUUUAAUAACUGGUGCCACCAGACUCAAAUACCAUUUGGGAAUGAGUUGGUUUACAGCCACAGUCGCUUGACACUUUAUGGAAAGGACGGAUUGUGAAGGAGACACGACAAGGAUAUCAUGUUGUUGCAGAACGGACCAUGUAUCUGCAAUACUUUGGCAAAUCGAUAUUGUCUGGUCUUGUUCGGAGACGAGAGACUGUUCAGUUUGCAUGUCAUAUCAGACUUUUUGUAAAUAUACAACAACAAAGUCCACAGCUAGAAUUCCUCAGGGAUAUCAACUUUUUUAAAAAAAAUAAAUAUAUUCUCAUUCCAUA